GAUCGUCUACUUGACAUACCGUGCCGAGUGUGCGGAGAUCGCAGUUCUGGCAAACAUUACGGAAUCUAUAGUUGUGACGGGUGUUCGGGAUUUUUUAAGCGCAGUAUUCAUCGGAACCGGAUCUACACGUGCAAAGCGCAGGCAGACCUUCACGGCAAGUGUCCGGUCGAUAAAACCCAUCGCAACCAAUGCAGGGCCUGUCGGCUCAAGAAGUGCUUCGACGCCGCUAUGAAUAAAGACGCGGUCCAACACGAGAGGGGCCCUCGAAAACCCAAAUACAGGGACCACUCGCACGAUCUGAAAGGUGUGCUCCACUCGCACGCUCACCACCACCAGCACCACCAUCACAGCCCCCUAACGGCCGCACUGGCCUCGCAAUCGCCGUUCACUAAAGCCAUAAACGCUUUGGAGCGUCACCACCACCAACAACAACACUCCCACCUCAACAGCCCCCACCAUACGGGAGCCCAUCAGUCACCGGGAGCUACCGGUGCGCACACACACCACCAUAUAAUGAGCAAAAUACCGCCCCUUAUAUCGAGCCAAACGCCCGGUGCUGAUCGACCCGGGGAUCUGUUAAGCGGUUUGUUUACGACUAACAAACCAGACGCUCAGGGCUGUAGUAUAGGUGCUAACAGUCCCUUCUACGACAGUAGCCCCGCGGGAGCUCCCGGUGCCGCCGCGCCUCCGGGUCUGCUACAGAUGCUACUGAACGCUGAGAAGUCACAGGAACUCAUUUGGAACAGUAUUCGCAGCGGAACGGGAGGUGCGGGCGCUCUAUUUGGUCACUUGCACGCCGGCGCCGGUAUCUCUAACUCCAUUCCCUUUGGAAUGUCGCGACUCUUUGACGAGAUGUCGGCCCCGCAGACAUUGUUUUUGCCGCCGUUCCUGUCCACCAGCACCGGCAACUUGUUUACGACAGCACCGGUACCUCCGACUCAGUCCUCAUCUCAGUCAAACACACCUACCAGUAGUGGGUCGGCCUCUAACGGCUCCCGUACCCCGGAUGGCGAGCAGAAGUCUAUUUCUAGGAAUCAGGUGUUUAACGGUAUACCGUUCCCCAAACCGUUAUCCCAGUUAUCGUUGACCAGUGGUGGGGCCUGGGAUUCCGUGCACGAGGUUACGGCGCGCCUACUGUUUAUGGUUAUCCGUUGGGUUAAGUGUUUGCCUACAUAUAGGACUCUCUCUAAAAAUGACCAGAUAACACUAUUGGAGGACUCGUGGAAAGACCUAUUUUUGUUGAAUAUGGCGCAGUGGUCGGUGACCCUCGACCUCGUAUCACCCCUUCCCGGUGCGCCCGCAUACCUGACCCGUGCCAUCACUAACUUCAAGGCCACCGACUGUCCCAAUAUGUCGGCAGACAUUCAAUACAUUCAGGAGAUUAUGAGAAGAUUCAGACAAUUAUCACCCGACGGAACCGAAUGCAGUUGUCUCAAGGCUAUCGUAUUGUUUAAGCCAGAAACAAUAGGUCUGUGUGACGUACAACCGGUGGAGAUGUUACAGGACCAGGCUCAGUGCAUAUUAGGCGACUACGUGCGCCACAAAUACCCCCGACAGCCCACCCGAUUCGGUCGACUACUUUUGCUGAUGCCGUGUUUGCGCGCUAUUUCAGCCAAUAAUGUCGAGAGAAUAUUCUUUAAGGAGACAAUUGGCGAGAUUCCGGUCGAAAAGUUGCUUGGUGAUAUGUACCACAUGGAAAAAUUUGAGUAA